UCUCUCUCAAAAACAGGCAACAGGCACAGGCUCAUAAGCUCAUUCGUAGUGGAAGAAGUCUCAGUUCCCGCUCCGAAACUUAUAUAUAUAUAAAAGACAAGAGAGAACUACACUGACAACGUUGUCGCUCAGAUUUCUCAGAGUUCAAUUUAUUUUUAGUCGCUUUUAGUGGAGAGUAAAGUGAACCAUUUGUGGGGUUAGAAUAUGAAGCGCAAGCGUGGGCACAAGAAAGGAAAGCCAAAAGGGCCUCCUGUGGUGGUUAAGAAUGAGGCAUCUGUAAGUGCUGUGAGUCUAAAUACUGAAGAUAAUUCGGGUUUGAAUGGGUUGGUUAAUGAUACCAAGUAUGACUCUGGAAUGGAGGUUGAUACACCUUCUUCAACGGGGACUGACCAGCCAUACAAUGUUGCAAGUAUUAAUCCAGACGGUUCCAUUGAUAAGGCAGUGGGGAAGUCAGUUGGGCAUGUAAAAGUGAAGCUGAGGACAAGUAAGAUGUUGGGAUCUCAGCAUACUUCCUCGGAUGCACCCACGCAAAGUGAUACUGAUAAGAGUAGCCAGCAAAUGGGUUUGGAAAGACAAGGUGUGGGCAUGGAGAAAAUGGAAGAUAGUGCGAACUCAUUGCCUGUUGGUGUUUUGGGAAAUCCGGCUAAAAGAGCUGGGAGCAUCAAGAUUAAGUCGUCAAAGGUCUUGGGCAAUUCAAGUGCUUAUCAGAGUAGUAGUGCUGUAGUGGCACAGGGUGAGAGUCCACGCCAGAGAGAACCAAAUCAGGGUGCUCGAUAUAGUAAGCAAGAACUAGAUGCUGCCUUGACGGUGAUAAAGAAGGUAAUGAAAAUGGAUGCAGCUGAACCCUUCAAUGUCCCUGUGGAUCCAGUAGCUCUGGGAAUUCCUGAUUAUUUUGAUGUCAUAGAUGUACCAAUGGAUUUUGGAACAAUAUGCAGCAAUCUUGAAAAUGGUGUCAAGUAUAUGAACUCGGAGCUUGUGUAUAAGGAUGUGCAGUACAUUUGGGAGAACUGUAAUAAGUAUAACAAUAAGGGUGACUACAUUUUGGACCUUAUGAGGCGAGUGAAGAAGAAUUUUAUGAAGUAUUGGACAGCAGCUGGGUUAUACGGCGAACAACCACAUGGAAGUAAGGGGGUUGAAAGCAUCUUAGUAGAGGAUGUUGCACCGUCCAGUCAGGGAAAAGUAUAUGUAAAAGGUGGUCAAUCAAAGCAGAAGACAGGAAAACGCCAUGGAAGGCGCCAUAAAAGCGAUUGUUUAUGUGCAAUAUGUGUUUUAAAGCGCCGCAGGAAGGAGCGCGAGGAGAACGCUCGACUUGCUAAAGGCCUUACAGGAGCUGGUGAUAAUAAUUAUGCUCAGGAGACCAAGCAAGAGGAACCUCUGCUUGUAGAAAGUCCUGAUGCUGAAGAUUCGUCAUCAAAUGAUGAAUCCCUAGACCCAGAUGCAAAUGCUGAGGUAGAAGAGAAAGUAGAGGAGGUGAAAUUGGAGAAUACUGAGGAGCAGCGUAGGCCUUUGGAGGAGAAGCAUGGGGAGGAGGAAGAGGAGGAAGAGGAAGAGGAUGAAGAAGAAGAGGAAGAGGAGGAAGAGAAUGACAUGGAGAUUCAAAAGAUAGAUGAGAGUGAAACUCCAGAGCAGCCACAGUUUGGUGAUAGAUCUGGGGAGGAGCUUGAUAGACAAACUAAGCUAAGAAUAGUGGAUAAAUCAGGUGUUGGAGUUCGAAUUGAUACUCGGAAAGAAGAUGCAUUAACAAGGCAUGAAACCAAAACUGCAGAACUUCAGCAACAGAAACAUAAGGAAUCACUAGAAAAGCACAGAAAAGCUGAAGUGUGGAAGAACUUCCAUCUGGAAAAUCCCAUGCUUUUGGACUUAUGUGGAAUUCUCUUCCCUGACAACUGUAAUUCUGUCUGGAGUGGGCCCCAUUCACUGAGUCAACGGCCCCGUUCUGCUCGUACUAGUUCCAUCCAUACAGCUAUGGAGGCGAUCAUGAAGUAGGUGCUUGUUCUAAUGCAUGUACUUCUUAUGUACCUGUUACAUCGGAUGCAUAGGUCUGAGUGUGAUGGUAAAUGUAAGUGUUAUUUGCCCACGGAUUUACCAGAGGAUGGAUGUUAGUGUCAAAGGAGAAUGAAAAUGCAGAACUAUAUGAAAUUGAGUCUAAUGAUUGACAAGGUUUUGUACGUUUGGAAAUGUUUAUCAUGUGGUUUCAUGAUCUUUUAGGGCAGAAUUACAUCUCUCACCAAAGCUACGGGACAAAUCAUUUCAAAUAUAGAUUGAGUCAUCAUUGUAAUUGCUUUUAGGAGUACUUGGCGGAGAGAUGUUAGUAAUGUUUCUUACUGUGAUAUUGUAUAUGAUCUAGCAAGAGUCAAUAAUUUGGUUCUUCAA